AUGUCAUUUUGUAUAUUUACAUUGCUAAUUGUUGGUACGCGCUUAGUGGUUUCCUCUCGCCUUUUAUUUGACAUUCCGGGCCCACCUCUAAAGGAAUUCAUGGGCGGGAACGGAAGUAUGACUUUGAGCAUACAGUACUGGCCUCGUAUAGGAGUGAGCCAGGGCGUUUGUGGACUUUCAGUGUCCAAACACUCGACAUUACAUUUAAGGGCCCACAACUCCCGAGCACUCAUAGCCAUCACAAUCCUAAACAAGGCUAUUAAACAUUUGCUUUUGAAACCCAGACCCAGAGCUACGCCACAAUUAAUUGAAUCACGUGGCUUUCAACCGGAAACCCAUACAAUAACUACAGCCGAUGGCUAUAUAUUACGGGUGUUUCGUAUAGUGAACCGACAGCUCCGGAAUAGUGGCCGUCGGUUAAGGCCCAGACCACUAGUCCUAUGGCAUGGGGUGGCCGUCACGUCUGACUCGUGGUUAUUUUCAACCAUAGGCGCGAUAGACAAUCGCGGCUUAUAUCGGGAAAACAACGGUAUUCUAAAUGAUUGUGACCGUAAUGUCACGUCUACCUUAGCGUUUACGUUGUCUGCCUGUGGUUAUGAUGUAUGGUUGCCAAACACUCGCGGCACUCACUAUAGCCAGGAUCAUAUAACCUUAAAUUCUAAUCGAGAUUCUAGAUACUGGCAGUUUACACUGACAGAAAUGGCUGUGUAUGAUAUACCUGCUGUGGUACGUUAUAUACUACAAAUAACAAAUUCUGAUUCUGUCUCAUACAUUGGCCAUUCGUUAGGCACGGCCCAGAUGUUUGCUUUACUAUCUUUAGUGCCUGAUUUUGAACAAUUUAUCAAACCAUUUAUAGCACUGGCCCCUAUUGCAUACCUUGGUCAUAUUGAAAGUAUAGGCAGGUUAGGUGUACCGUUGGAGCCAAUAUUAAGGUCAUUCCCAGGACCAUUAGGAAUACCUGUGCCCAUUGCACAGAUAAUUGGCAUAUUUGUUUGCGGCAAUGAAUUGCUGGUGAAUUUAUGCGCUGAUAUAUUUUACGCUAUUAAUGGUUACGAUGCGCAAAAUUUCAACAGGUCAAUAGUUCCAAUAGACGCGGCUCAUUCUGGAGCAUCGGUGUCCACGUGGGUGUACGCUCACCUUGCUCAGUUGGUUGUUAAUAAAUGCUUUAGACAGUUUGAUUAUGGAAUAACGCAAAAUCGGCGCCAUUAUGGUCAAGCAACACCACCUAGUUACCCCCUGUGCAAUAUAACAUCUCGUAAUAUAGCACUGUUUAGGGGUCUAAAUGACCUGUUGGCCGAUAACAUGGAUGUCAGUUUACUUGUUCAACAAUUAUCUGUACCACUGCUCGAUAAUUAUAUAGUGCCCGACCCCAAAUGGAAUCACCAAGAUUUUCAACUCGGCACAUACCAGGGCUAUUUUGUUAAUGAACGUGUUUUAGGGCCUAAAUAA